AUGGAGGCUUCAACAAACGCCGCCGCCGCCGCCGGUCCAGCCGCCGUGCGCGUGCCGGGCCAUUAUCGCAGCAUCAACAGCCAUGCCACCGACGAUGCACCGGAUAUUGACAUGCUCUCCCGCUCUCUGCCGACCUCUGGUCCCCUUCUGGAGCCGGAGCCAGCAGAUCUGGCCAUGCUGCGGCCUGUAACAUCAAAUCAAUCGUGUACCGGCCGCAGUCGUGACCACGAAGAGGAGGGCGUACCAAACGGAGCCGCGCCGUCUGAACGAUCACCGCUUCUCCGUCCACGCGCUUCCGUCUCUGGUCUUUCCACGAGCUCCAGUCUGACUGAUUCCGAACCCGCCCUCUUCUUGAACGGCACUUCGCCCUCACACUUUUGGUACAUCUUCUCGCAGAUUCUCACGGUCCACUUCAUCGGGUGCUUCGACGGCACCAUCAUGGCCUCGUCCCAUCCCGUCAUCACGUCGUACUUUGGCGCUGCCAACUCCGCAUCCUGGCUGUCCACGGCAUUUCUACUGACAUCUACUGCUUUUCAGCCGCUGCUGGGACGCUUGUCUGACGCCGUGGGCAGAAAACCCUUGUUCCUGGGGUCCUUGGGCGUCUUUGGCCUGGCCACGCUGUGGUGUGCGUUGGCGGACAGCAUCGAGUCUUUCGUAGCGGCGAGAGCAUUCUGCGGCCUUGGCGCAGGAGGAAGCAUGACGGUCGGGAGUAUAAUCACGAGUGAUUUGGUUCCCAUUGAACGCCGAGGGGCCUACCAGUCCUACAUGAAUAUCAUCUAUGGAGUGGGCUCGGCCCUUGGAGCUGCUCUUGGUGGCGCAAUGGCAGAAGCACUUGGCUGGAGAUGGGUGUUCGGCAUCCAGAUCCCUCCCUUGGUCACCUGCCUGUGCAUCUCGGCCGUGGCUAUACCGGUUGACUUGGGCAUCAUGGGGGAGAGGAAGACGGUGAUGCAGGCCAUCAGAGAGUUUGAUGGCAAGGGGUCGCUGCUCCUAACUGUUGCCAUUUCGUUUCUCAUACUUGGUCUGAAUCUCGGCGGGAACGUGAUGCCAUGGUCUCAUCCAUUUGUCAUUGCCUCGCUCAUCAUCUUUGCCGUCUGCUUCCCGGCAUUUAUAUGGAUCGAGUCCCGCGUCUCCAAGCCCAUCAUGCCGCUGCGUCUCAUUCGAGAGUCUCCGCGCUCAAAUCUCGUCUUUUCCAACGCCAUCGCCGCCUUGCUCUCCAACGCCAUCUUCUUCAACAUUCCGCUCUACUUCCAAGCCGUCCUCCUCAUGUCCGCGACUGACUCUGGCCUCCGCCUCGUUGCACCCACUCUCGUGUCCUCCUUCAUCGGCGCCCUCACCGGCUUCGCAAUAACAUGGACGCGCCGCCUCAAGUGGCCCCUCGUCUGCGGAGCAAUCAGCUACCUCGUCGGCACAAUCUGCCUCUUCUCCCUGCGCCGCAGCCUCCCCCCCGUCGCCUACUUCCUCACGCUGCUCCCGUCGUCCAUUGGCGGCGGCUUCCAGUUCCCAGGGACCUUCAUGGCCAUCCUAGCCUCGUCGCCGCAGUCCGAACAGGCAGUCGUGUCGAGCACGCUCAUCCUCUGGCGCAGUCUCGGCAUGGUGCUCGGCAUAGCCGUGAGCAGUCUGCUGCUUCAGAACGCGCUCGUCUUUUACCUCGAGGACUAUGUGAGCGGCGAGCUGAAGGAUGCCGUGAUUCGCCGUGUGAGGGCGUCGGUCGAGGCGGUCGCGCAGCUUGACGAGCCGUAUCGGGAGCAGGUCAUCAGGGCGUACGAGUCGUCGCUGAGGUUGACAUUUGGGUUUUGCAUCUUCAUGGCCGCCAUCUCGGUGGCGUUUGUCAUGCCCAUGAAGUUGAAGAGGCUGCCUGCCAGGAAGUACGUCAAGAAGAAUAGGGUCAACUAA